AUGAAUGACAGACAGCCCCAUCCCAAAGCUUACGUCGGAUGCCCCAGUGUUGGACCUUUUCAGGAUUUCCUCGAAGGAUCCCGUAUAGUACUUCGCGUUGAAUGGCAGGCAGGCGGUCAAUGGUAUACAGUGUACCUCCAACGCCGAAGGCUAAACCUUACCCCCCCAGCGACACGUCCUCAACAGCCGACACGUGCUUACGAUACGGAAGUGGUCAUAGAGCCAUGGAGAGCUGCUAUGAAACUGAUCCAGGCCUUUGAGGGAAUAGUGUACACCGAACCUCUUGAUGGAUUUCCAGAGUCACUCACCAUCGGGAAUAUCCAGAUACUUCAGACUGAUCAUCUUAAUCAGAGAUACCGUUGGGUACCUCAACAGAAAGUUACCCGUCCAGCACCAGCUCGAGCAAGCUGGGGCUAUAAUUAUAACCUUAAGGUUAAGAAUUUCGGCAAUGACUUGUUCGAGGAAUCUUCCAAUCAACGGGUUACUUUUGUUGGGCCGUCUAACCCUUUGACUGCCAGUCAUGGUGCAAUGAACUGGGACAAGGAGGACUACAGAAAUGGGAUGCGAGUGUCUGAUGUUAAGUGCGACACAUAUACCGUCAUCCCCUGGGUCCUCCUGAACGGCCAUGUUAUUACUUGUGUGAGGGAUGAGACUAGAACCGAUGUUUGGGUUUGCAAGAACUGCUCGAUGUUCAACCGACCUUGCACAUUUACCCCCUUGAAACGCCUGAAAGAACUUCAUCGAGGCGCUCAACCCGUUAAUGGUGCAGAUACGAUUGCCCACCCGAGAGGUCCUUUCAGGUUCUUGUCUCUUCACCGCACUAUGAAUUCCCAGGAGCUUGGUGAAGUUUUUGAGGUUUCUGAGCCUUUGUUCGAGAGGUUUGAAGGUUCUGAGCUUGAGGAUGAAGAUAUUGGAGACGAUGAAUGA